CGCAGGACGGUGGAAAAGGGUCCCGUCCAAUCAGGACGCUCAAAGAGGCACUGGUCCUGCAAAGAUUAGAACCCCCGAUUGUGUGGAAUCGCCGGUGGAUAUGGCCAUCUGUCAUUCUCCUCUGUGGAAAAAGAGUUGCAUUGUCGUGCUCGGAGAUGAAAGACUCACCUCGAGAAGCAAUGAUUCCGUCUCCACGAACUGGAAAAGGGUGACUCGCAGCUGCUUGAUUGAUGCUCCGUCCGGUGGUUCGGCCGUCACCGACCGGGGCAAGAGUCGGUCGUCAAUCAGUCGGCCGGUGAAGAGGAUCUCCGGUCGGCUAGCUGUGGUUGUCGAGGCGACCAAUUCAUCGGUCACCGCGCGCCGACACUCGAGGCGAAGGAGAAAGUGUUCACUGGGCACCGGCUAUAAAGACAAGAAAAUUAUGUCGCUAAGCCGAUCGGUGGGCCGCUCAAGGUCUCGACUUGACCGGGACGGCAGACGAAGAUCUGGCCUUGAAAGAUUCAAGAAGCACUACUCGGCCUUCCUACUAGAAGUUACGAUGGCAUUUAAGUUCACACAAUCGUAUGUAAAUAUAAGAUUUUCAACUUGA